AUGGCUGGACACCUUCGUUUCUUGUUCGGUCGUUCUACCCAAGACCAAGUCAGGCACCAAGAAGUACGCGCCCUUGUGAUAAAUAAAAUGAGUGAGACCUUCGAAGCAGUUGCGAACCAUGAAGCCGCGUGGAUCGAGCCUAAUAUUCAAGAAACUCUCGGUGUCAUUUGUGAGGAUCUGCACAUCUCGAAAAGAGGAACUAAUCAGGAUGAGCUCUCGCCAGUCUUUUUUGAACCUCUUGGAACGCAUAAUGUCCCCCAACCUCACCCUACCCAAGAUCAGGGCCAAAAGCUUGUCAAGGAGAUCUUCGAAAAUUGGGACAAACCCACCCCGCGACCACCAACGGUGACAGAUCAAAUCUAUAUGUUGAUGUACCGUAUUGAAAACAUUCUUUGUACAAGCGCACGCGAUUUUGAAUCAGAGUAUGGGUGGUCGAAUACGCUGUCGGAUUACGCAAAGUGGAUCGAAUGCGGGGAUAUUAUACCGGAGCUCGGCGCCGAAGAAUUCGAAGGCCCACUUUACGGAUCGCGUGGGUCAAUGCUAUACUUCGGUUAUAUAGCUAGGAAUCAGCUCAACCGGCCCCACACCCUGCUCGCAACGCUUACAAAGUCUGACGCAGAUGAGAGGCUUUCCAGAUACGAGGCAGUAGUCAUCUUGACGGUGAUGUUGUCUAGGCUUGAGGGUGAUGAAUGUCUCAACCACAAUGUCAUUCCUGUAAUGGUCAUAAGCGUCUUUCCCGGAUUCAAGCUCAGAAUUCUAGAGGCCCACUAUGAUUAUAGAGGGCUCGUCAUUCGAAAGUCCGAUUUCCUUAGCUUCGUGAACGGAGAUGCAGCCAUUGCGAGCAUGGACAUCCUGGCGAGUUUUAUGUGCUCCAAAAUGAUCGGGAACACGAUAGAUCCGCACAUCAUGACCAAAGGGCUACAGUCCCUCCACUCCCGGGCGACAAUCCAGGUCGGGAAAUCAGGAGCAGAGAAUUGA